AACCUACACUUAGCUUUCUUCAACUUCACUAGAGGCCCGUCUCUGUUAACUCACCGUUUCCAACAACCAAUUCUCUUUGUAUCUAACAUUCAACGCAUCACUCAACAAUCGCUUCCUUCUUUAAUCACUUCUCCCUUCGUUCACCGUUUACCCUAUUAAACCAUACAGUCACGCGCGCGCGCGGCGUUGAAUAACUUAAAUUUUUUUAGUUAUCAUCCCAAAAGUGCUUUUUUUUCUUCUUCUUCUUCUUCCAGAAGUCCAAUUUCUACUUCUACGGUCUUUACCUAUUUAUUUAAUAAUUUCAUUCUCUUAUUAAUUUCAAUUAUGCAAACACGUUUUCUCUUUAUAGCCUAGCCAUGUCAUCACAAACCACAGUCACGGAGGCGCCGGAUACCCACGCGCCGCUCCUCCGUCCCCGUCAUGAAACUGUCUCCCGGGCCCCUACCCUCGCUCUCCUCCUUGGCCGCGCCGCCGGCCGCCGCGGACCGUCUAUGCUGGUGCGUGAGACUGCGGCGCGUGAGCUGGAGGAGCGCCGCGCCGACUGGGGCUACUCGAAGCCGGUGGUGGCGCUUGACAUGACGUGGAAUAUGGCCUUCGCGGUGGUCUCGGCGGUGAUGCUGGCCUGCACCGUGGACGAGAAGCCGAACACGCCGAUUCGGGUUUGGAUAAUCGGGUACUCGUUGCAGUGCCUGGUGCACGUGCUGCUUGUGUGGCUCCAGUAUCGGCGCCGGAGCCAACGAGAUGCGCGACGGCGGCGAAGAGCGCAGGACGUGGAGAGUGAUGCCGGUGAGUUUGAGGACGGCAACGACAGCGACGACAACGAUGGGAGCUCUGUGAACUCGUUUCGCUCUGGAUUCAUGAAACGAUGUGAAUCAUUAAAUACCGGGGUGUCGUUCCUUUGGUGGAUAGUGGGCUUUUACUGGGUUGUCUCUGGUGGUGAUGUACUUCUGCAAGAUGCUCCACGUUUGUACUGGUUGGCUGUUGUCUUUCUGGCAUUUGAUGUCUUCUUUGCCAUCUUUUGUGUUGUUUUGGCAUGCUUGAUUGGCAUUGCCCUCUGUUGUUGUUUGCCCUGCAUCAUUGCUAUUCUCUAUGCUGUUGCAGGACAGGAAGGUGCGUCAGAAGCAGAUCUUAGUAUACUUCCGAAAUACCGAUUUAGAAUAUUAAGCAAUGAAGAAAAGCCUAGUGGUAGAGCUGGAACAAUGGUUCCCAUAGAAACCAGCAGUGGUUACUUGGCAAAUGAACGAAUACUUUUACCUGAGGAUGCGGAAUGCUGUAUAUGCCUCUGUUCAUACGAGGAUGGAACCGAGAUCCAUGCUCUUCCUUGCAGCCAUCAUUUUCAUUCUUCAUGCAUAGUGAAAUGGCUAAAGAUGAAUGCAACUUGUCCUCUUUGCAAGUACAAUAUUCUCAAGGGAAAUGAACAGGUUUGACGGAAAAGUAAAGACCCUACAGGGUCUUUUUCGCAGUUGUUGUGUAUAUAUAGAUAAAAUUUCAGGACAAGAAACAGCUUACCUUCUCCCAAGUUGCUUGGUUUUGACUGUUGUUUUGCUUAAUUAUUUCUGUAGUAAAAAAGAUAUAGGUUAGAAGUUAUGCAUCGUAGGGCAUUUAUUUAUGAAUAAGUUAGCGACUUUUGUCAAUUGAGUAAUAUUUCAUCCACUGUUAAGAGUCAUUUGAAAGUUGUCCAACUUUUUGUCUCGACUUUGUUCAUAUGGGAGAAAUCGGAAAUGGGCCAGUCCAACCUUAGUCAUUUGAAGUUUAUCCACUUUAUGAAUUGUUUAUUAGUUUUUG